GCCACAUUUUCGCACCUUCACAAUAAGAUUAAAACACGGAAGCUGAAAAAACCCGUUGCGACACAAAAACUUCAGCGCGGCUGGGAAGUUUAUUUUCCUGCGAAACGCGAGAGAACCAAGUGAAAAGCGAUCCAUCAUGGCUGCCAACACCGUGUACUCGGCCACCACGGCUCCAAACCCCAAGUCCUCCUGGUUCAAGGUCCCGUCGGAGCGACUGGACAAGGUCCGCUUCGGGAUCAAGAUCGUGGAAGUGCUGCUGUCCCUGGCUGCCUUCGUCCUGGAGGAGAUGGUCAGCAUCUGCACCAGCUGCUCCGCCCUCUACUUCUUCGAGUUCGUCAGCUGCACCGCCUUUCUGUUCACCUGCCUGCUGCUGGUGCUGCUGUCCACCGGGCUGCACCAGCGGGUCGGAAUCAGCUGCUGGGGGCCCCUGGACCUGGUCUACACCGGCGUCAUCGCCGUCCUCUUCCUCAUUUCCUCCAUCGUCUUCUCGUCGGACAACAGCGGCUCCAGCCUGGAGACGGUUGCCGUGGUGUUUGGUUUCCUGGCCACCUUGGCGUUCUUCCUGGACGCCGGCUACUUCCUGAAGACGCAGGGCUGGCCGUUCGGAAGGGGCGGGGCUUCGCCGUCGACCAACGGCAGCCCGAAGACGGGCGGCGCCGAGCCGGAGGAGCAGCGGCUCAACGCCGAGCCCAACGGGACCAACUGAAGCCGCCGCUCCGGCUUCCUGUUUCCUUUGAAAACCCAGGACACUAAAACACCAACGCUCAUCAGAUCUUAGUCGUUACAGAGAACCCAAAACGCCAUCUUUUUUUAGCUGCUCUGCUUUUUAUGUUCCGCUGUUUUUAACGUCUCGCCAUCAUGAAAACAUCUGAAAACGGUUCUGCUCCGAGACGGGUCUGAAACUUUAACAUUCCUUCUACGUUCAGAACCUCAGAACCUGGAACUCCGAGGGCCGUCGUGUCCCUGAACGCAUCGCCAGAACCCGGCCCCUUCAGGGUUCCUCGCAAUUAUUUAUUUCUUUAAAACGCCUUUGCUGAUCUGUUUGUACUAAUCAAUAAUCAGAAACGAACCACUCGUUUUAUCAGUUUCAUCUAGUUUUAGUUUUUUUUUAGUUAUUUAGCUUUUAUACAAACGGUUAAAGAUUAAAUGUCUUAUCAAUAAUCAGCAUUUAUCAAUUACCUUACAAUCAUUAUUCUGCAGUUGUUUUAGAUUGUUAUUAAGUUGUUUAUUAUGAAAAACUUUGCAAAAACAUUUUUUAAACAAUCAUGAAUUCAGGAUGUUUUUAAGCACUCUUUGGUUUAUUUAGUCCCGGUUUAACGGUGUAAUGAUGGAUGUGACCAGCAGGUGGAGCCGAGAACUCGUCUCAACCACCGGGAACUAGAUAUCAUUGUUGUUACU